CUUGGAGCUGCCUAGUGAAAACUACCAGACACUAGAGGAGCAUAUGGUCCUAAGCUACAUCCGAAUGGGACUCACAGAGGGAAGACGAGCGUGAGGGACCCCGCCCGACAAUCAGACCUGACCCGGUGGUCGAGGGCGCGUAUGUUGGCUGGUCCUCAUACAUGCAUGGAGCUGCCUUCCUAAAGCCUGCACGAAGAGGAGACAACCCCAACACCCUCGCUCACGUUGCCAGCGCCUCAUUCGAAGGCAAUGAAUUCAAGAUGGAACCUUUGGGAAGCGUCACAGGCCGGCAGACUAUCCUGCACCAUUCUCUCUUAGUCCGCGGCAAUCUGAUCCCCCUAAAGAUGUUUGUCAACAAUAAUGGCACCUUCUCCGAGCUGUUUAGAGGUGGGCACUAUACCCUGGAAGAGAUACGCAGGCAGUCCGUCGAAACUCUGAAGGCCCUCUCAAUGUACAUAGUGGCAGAUACCACAUGUAAAGUAAUGCAGGGAUAGGAUGUAGCAGGUACUAGAAAAAUAUAGCGAUAAUGGCAGAUACUAGAGAAAGAUGGCCAUAGUAGCAGAUGCUCCAGGAACCGGGCAUCUACUACCUUAGCAAGAG